AUGCCGGUUAUAGUUGAGGGGAAAUGCAAAGGUAUCAUGCUAGCAGUUGCACUAGUGCAGUUAAUAAUAAUUCAAUUGGUGGGCCAUCGGCUAGGGACAUUAGAAGAAUUGAUUCAUCUUCUUGCCAACCAACCUUCCUGUGUUGAGGUUGGAUAUCAGUUCUAUUCUCGUGCCGAAAUGGUGGCGAUUGGUUUUCAUAGCCAAUGGUUAAAUGGCAUUGACUAUAUAGGCCAAUCUUAUUCCAAAGAGGUUUCGGCUGCAAUUGGAUUCGAUGCUGGGGUUUUGUCUUGUUUGGAGUACUUGGAAGCAGCUCCGUGGGCGGAGGAUGAAGAAGACAAGGUGGCGUCACUCCUGUCGGAACUUCGUCUUGAAGCUGUUGGAGCUGGGGAGGUUUUGAAGAGGGUUUCCACUGAAGUUGUCCAUGGAAAUGAAGAGGGGAAUGAUAAUGAAGAAGUCCUGCUUAAACUUAUUCGUGUGGUUCUUGAAGGAAAAGAUGAAAAGGCCAGGAGAGAGAUGAAAGGGUUGGUGUCAAAGAUGCUCCAUGAAAAUGCUUCUCAGAAUGAUCUUCGGAAGGAGUCAUUAUACUCAGCGUGUAAUGAUUGUCUGCAGUUACUUCGUCACCACUUUUUACGGGCCGCGGCUUCUGACCUGCAGGAUGUGAAUCAAAUUGCACGUCAAGCAGAUAAUUUGCAUUGGAUUUUGGAUAUUUUGAUUGAUAGACAGAUUGCCGAGGAUUUCCUGAAAACAUGGGCGUCUGAAUCAGAAUUAUCAGAAGCUCAUUCUAAGGUGCCUGCAGUUCACAGGUUUGAGGUUAGCAGAGUUACCGCUAGGUUGUUUGUUGGGAUUGGAAAGGGACAAUUGUUGGCUUCUAAAGAGGCUAGGUGUUUACUUUUAAAAACAUGGCUUGUGCCCUUUUAUGAUGAUUUUGGUUGGAUGAGGAGAGCAUCCAAGGGCCUUGACAGGCAUCUAAUCGAGGACGGUCUUAGUAACACAAUUCUCACUCUACCACUUUCAUGGCAACAAGAAAUUUUGCUUGCUUGGUUUAAUCGUUUCCUGAAUUCCGGUGAAGAUUGCCCAAAUAUUCAAAGAGGGUUUGAAGUUUGGUGGAAAAGGGCUUUCUGGAAGAGGAACGGAGAGCAAGACAGGACAAGACAAUUACGAAUUACAUCUGCGUCAAUUGAGCAUAGCUGAAGACGAAAAUUUUCCACGGUAGAGUUAAUGGCUGCACUAUAUACUCGGUAUACCACGCCAUAGUUGAAUGAGUUGACCAACUUCAAUUGAUCUUUACUUCCAUUGACAUAUUCGGGCUUUCGAUUGGCAUAUAUAGUCCUAAAUAACACUAUCAAGCUUAUAUUUCUCCGGGCCUACUAGAUAAAUUUAUUCCACAUAAAGAAAAUAUCUGUGUUCCACUUCCUGCCAAAGCAAGAAAAAGUCAAUCAGUCUUUGUUUUCUUUUUGUAGUUUAAUCCAGGAAUCCCAAGUUACCAACCAUUUAGUUUUGAUUAACUAAUGUACAAAAUUUAGGAGUUUGUGACAGGUCAAGUUGAUCCAUUGAGUUUUAUUUCUUUCUUGCAAGUCAUUUUAUGUUGAUUUUUAAUUAAUGGGUUGUUAUCAAUAGGAAUAACUUCCUUAGAGGUUCAGCUGUGGGAAGCAUUGUUUGUUUAUUUAUCAAGUAAUGGUGAUUCUUUAUCUAUUUCUUGCCUUUCAAGAAACGUUUGAAA